GAAACGAAGAAAAGCCCACCCCAAAAAACCUCAAACCUCUCAUGGCCUCGUCUCAGAAACAAUUCUCAAUGUUGUUCCUCGCUUACCUUCUUCUCAUAUUCCCGCAACAAAUGUCUUGUCUUGCUUCAUCUCGAAGCUCUUCUCUGGUGGCCCUUACUGAUGCUAGUAACUAUACGGUAAAUGAGGAAGUGGAGGCACUCCUAACAUGGAAGUCUAAGUUAGACAGCGAGAGUCGCUAUAAUUUGUCUUCAUGGAAUGGAACCAGCCCUUGCUCAUGGCGCGGAAUCGAUUGUGAUCCUCUGGGGAGCGUUGUGAGCUUGAACCUUUCAUUUUCUGCCAUACGCGGUACGCUUCAUUCUCUCAAUUUCUCCCAUUUGCCCAACUUGGUCACUCUUAGCCUUCCCUACAAUAAUCUCUUCGGGAACAUCCCUCUGAGCAUUGGCCAUCUUUCCAAGCUUAUUCGUCUGGAGUUAUUUCAAAAUAACCUUUCGGGAAACAUUCCAAUUGAACUUGGGUCAUUGCGAUCUUUACAAUAUCUUGAUCUUAGUGAUAAUAAUUUGACUGGCCCAAUUCCCAUUGAGAUAUUUGGCUUGAGCAAAUUGACGUUACUACGCUUUCAAAAUAACAAGCUUUCUGGUUCCAUUCCUAAAGAAAUAGGAAUGCUACCUGUACAAUAUCUUGAUCUUAGUGAUAAUAAUUUGACUGGCCCAAUUCCCAUUGAGAUAUUUGGCUUGAGCAAAUUGACGUUACUACGCUUUCAAAAUAACAAGCUUUCUGGUUCCAUUCCUAAAGAAAUAGGAAUGCUACCUGUACAACAUCUUGCUCUUUCUGGUAAUGAUUUGACCGGCCCAAUUCCCGAUGAGAUAGUUAGUUUGAGCAACUUGACUUAUUUGUUCCUUGCGGCUAAUAACCUUUCUGGUUUCAUCCCUAAAGAAAUAGGGAGGCUGAAGUCUCUCCAUACUCUCCACAUACAUGAGAACAGCAUUGCCGGUCCUAUUCCUUCUUCCAUCGGAAACAUGAGUAGCUUGGGGAGUUAUUGCUUCUUAAAAAUCAACUUGUCGGAUCCAUUCCAAAAGAAAUAG